UUGACGAAAGACUCGCGCGAGUGCGGUAGCGACUAACGGUAAACGGCAGCUCGAAUAACGGCCCAGCGACGCAGGCUUGUAGCACAGUGUAGUGUGGUAGUGUAGCAUAGUGCAGUGCAGUGCGGCGUAGUCCAGUGCUCCGAAGUGAAGUGAAGUCGGGGGUUGAAAACCAUAGGCCCAUAAAAUACGAAAUAAAAAACAAAAGUUUGGCUGCUCAGUGAGAAAACGCAAAGAAAGCUGGCAAAAAAGCGAUAAAAUACAUAUUUAACACAAGUGUUAGUUCAGUGUUUUUGUGCGGUGCGAAAAUCCCACGACAAUAGCAAAAGGAAAAUAAGAGGAAAAUCCAAUAAAAACAUGGCCCGCUGUGCGUUCAGCCUCACAUAAUAGAAAAGCUGGAGAAACAACGUCAACAGCGACAAACUGGGGAAUAAUAAAACCCCCCCCCGAAAAACCAAAAACUAAAGUUGGAAAAAAGCACGAAACGAAAGAGGAAAAACAAGCGCGGAAAGUUGCUCGCUAAAUAAAGGAUUUCCUCUAUCCAGCUGGAAAGUGUAGAGCGGAGAGUGUCACUAAUUGAAUGCUUAUUGCUGGCUGGACAACUCGUAAUUGAAUGGGAAAUUGAAACGAAAGCGAGAGAGAAAGGGAGGGAAAGUGAGAGACAGCCAGUUUAGAGCCAAGUCAGAAUGUUUGAGCGUCGAUUAGUUCAGAUUUGUGGCAGUUGAGGCGCCAAGAGGAGCACCAGACCGCUUCAUUCUUCGACCUUCGUCCCUCGCACUACCCCCUCUGUGUGUGUGUUUGCUGGUGGGUGCGUGUGUGAGUGAAGCGUGUGUGUGUGUGUGCGAGAGGAGGUGCUGGAGUGCUGGACUGGUGGUGGCUAGCAUGCAAAUCAACGGUCUCGCUGCCGGACCCACGAUGGCAGCCUCCGAGCCACCAGAGCCGCCGCCGCGCAAUCCGGAUCGCAUAAACGCCUCGCUGCACAAGCUGGGCGAAUCCAAAGUUGUGAAAUCCCUGGACUCUGCGAAGGAGAAGGCCACCGCCGCGUCCGUCAACAAUAACAAGCCCAUCAGGCCGCUGCUCUCGCUGGACAGCACAGUGACGGCCUCGACAUCGUCGGGGUUAAUAGGAGCAGGCGGAGGAGUGGGAGUAGGAGUUGCUCCCGCCAAGCCAUCACCUCUGGUUUUGGCCAAUAAGCGAGACCUAACGCCCAGCAACGACAGCAGCUCGUCGCCGGCCAGCUCGAAUGGCAGCAACCAGACGCUCACGCCACCCAUGACCGCCGAUAGCCAGGCGCUUCAGUUCCAGAACCAGCACCGAACACCUGCACCUGCAUUGGCAUCGUCACAGGGACCAGCGCAUCCCGGCAAGGGGGAACCCCAGCAGCAGCAGCAGCAGCAAUUACCGAAUGGCAUCGGCAGCGCCAGCAACUGCAACAGCAUCAGCAGCGCCACUUGCAACUCCAGCACAGCCAUGAUCCAUGCGAAUAACUCGAAUUUAAUUGCCGCAGGUCACUUGGCCCAGGCGGCCGGCCCCGCCCACAAUGCCCCCUCCGGCGGCAGUGCACUCAGUGCAGUCGACAAGCGAAAUGCCAAUGAUGUGUGCUCGAUGGCCAAAUUAACGCAGCCGGAUCCGGACUUUCCAAUUACAAUUCCAACGAAAUCGAAUGCGAAUCUGAAUAUAAAUCCAUCUUUGGCACUGGGACCACCGCACUCGCCCACCUCGGCCGCCAGUGCGGCCUUGCUCCUGCUGGAGUCGUCGUCCUGCGAUGGCAAUCGGAACGACGAGUCAAGGUUCCCCGGGCCAGAAACUGCCCUGAAACUGCGCGAGGAGAAUGAUCGCCUCAAUGCCGAACUGCUCCGGCUGAGGCGACACCUUGAGCUCUCUACAGAUGGUGCAGUGGGUGGCGUCAUGGAUGCAGUUCCCGAAAUUGAGACGAGUCCCGGUGCUGAAGGAUCAGCUUCUAAGGAUCGCAUCGAACGUCUGGAAUCCGAGCUCAGGUCCGUGAAGAACCAACUGCUAACCAUGCGGCUGGAGAGGAAGAAACUCCGCACGGACAAGUCGGAUCUCCUGGGCCAGGUCAAGCAGCUGUGCGCCUCGCUGCAGGAGAAGGAGCAGGAGCUGCGUGACUUUAUCCGCAACUACCAGGAGCGGGUGAGGGCUACGGAGACGACAAAUGCAAAGAUCUCGGGUGAUCGGGAUCGGGAGCGUUUCCAGUUGCUGAAACAGGCGCGGGACGAGGCCGAACGUUCUCUGGCCCUUGCCCAGCAGCUCUCCGCGCGGGAUCUACAGCUCCAGCGACUGCAGGAACAGCUGCAGGAGGCCCGUCGACAGAUGACCGGAUGCCUCUCCGACCAGGAGAGCCUUCACUCCUUUGCUCCCCUCACACCGCCGUCAGCAGCGUCGGGAAUGCUUGGCCAGAUGGCCGCCGCAUCUGGAAUAGGCGGUGGAUUGGCCGGCUUGCGGGGCACAGGCGCCGAGGAUAGUGGGCGAGGCAACUCUUUGUCCGCCUUUAGCGGCAGUUUGAGCGGCGGUUCCGGGGCCACGGCGGGGGAUCGUAACUCCUGUUCGAAUGACUCUGGGCUGAGGAACAGCAGCGACCGGGAGAGCACGGGCGGCGAGCUGAACUUUAGCGAUGGCACCUGCGACAAUGGUCCCUGCAUCACAGUGGAUCCGGACAGCAUUUCGCUUGUGUCCAGCCAGAAUAUGUAUCAAUUCGGAACACCCAAGGAACGCAGCCCUACAUUGUCGCCACUCAACUCGGCUGCCUACUCAAGGUCUGUGGAGCAACUGGGCUCACCUGUGGACCCUGAAGGACCUGGUGGUGGCGCCAUUAGUCGGAAGUUUGCCAAUGCCAGCAAGAGCGGUCCUCUGGGUGCUCGGAAUGGACGAGGUGGAACUUGGGGCAGCAUAUCCCGGGUCUUUGCCCGCUCCAGGAACAAGAGCAAGGCCCUGUCCGCCGAUGGAGUGUCUGAAUAUGCUGACUAUUCCUGGAAUCCCAUGUCCGAGGAGGGCUACGCCGAGAAGCUGCGUCUACUGCGCGAGGCCUCUCAGCUGCCCAUCGACCGCUGGCGGGCCACCCAGGUGCUCGCCUGGCUGGAGGUGGCUCUGGGUAUGCCGCAGUACAGCGCCAGGUGUGCGGAGAAUGUGAAGAGCGGAAAGGUCCUGCUGGAGUUGAACGACGUGGAGCUGGAGGCUGGUUUGGGUCUUGCCCAUCCAAUGCAUCGUAAAAAGCUGCGACUGGCCAUUGAGGAGCAGCGGCGACCGGAACUGGUCCGCUACCCGCUGAUCACGCAGCUGGGUCACACCUGGGUGGCCACCGAGUGGCUGCCGGACAUAGGACUGCCGCAGUACGCGGAACCAUUCGUUCAGUCCCUGGUCGAUGCCCGAAUGCUGGACACGCUGUCCAAGAAGGAGCUGGAGAAGUUCCUGGGCGUCACGCGGAAAUUCCACCAGGCCAGCAUUGUUCACGGCAUUCACGUGUUGCGCAUCGUGAAGUACGACCGACAAACGCUGGCCAUGCGCCGCGUGCAAUCCGAGUCGGUGGACACGGAUCCCAUUGUGUGGACGAACCAGCGCUUCAUCCGCUGGGUGCGAUCCAUCGACCUGGGCGAGUAUGCGGACAACCUGAAGGACAGCGGAGUGCACGGCGGCCUGGUGGUGCUGGAGCCAUCAUUUUCCGGGGACACCAUGGCCACUGCCCUGGGCAUUCCGCCCUCGAAGAACAUAAUACGGCGACAUCUCAACACGGAAUUCGAUGCCCUCAUUUUGCCCGCACGAGCGACUCUUGGUCAGGGCAUCCGUUCCGGUUGCGGCGUUGUGCCACUAACGGGACCCGGCGGACUCCAGCACUAUGCCACAACAGAUCGCCGCUCGAGCGGUAGCCUCAGGAUUUCGGCAUGGAAAGGAUCUCAGAGCUCCCUUUCAAAAGCCUUUCGGUUUAACACCAAACCCCAUCGCACCGGCGACCGCAGCUCCUUCGGCAACUCCACCUCCCCAACGCCUUCGUACAGCAGCAGCGAGGGUGGCGGAGGAAUAUACGCAACCAUAGGCCACCAGUAUCCCCAUCCGCAUCAGAAUCCGCAGCAGCAGCAGCACUAUCACCACUUCCUUCCGCCGCCAACGACGGCUCCACCACCCAUUCCCUCGGCAGGGGCCAUCUAUGGUCAUGGGCAUGGGCCACCGCCUGGUCACCGUGUGAGUGCUCCGCCCGUGGGCGGGGUGCUGGAUGCGGGCGUAGCAGAGGCACAGCUGCUCUACGAGCAGAGUCGGCGGCGCGUGAAGAGCAUCAGCGAUAUUGGGGCCUCGACAAGUGCCGGCAGCGUGGGAGCCUGCAGCCUGGGUGGCAUAUCGGCCUCCUCGGAGUCGCCCGAGUAGGUGGGCUAGCUAGAUAGGUUAGGAUUAGGGAUAGGAUAGCGAACCAGACAACCAAAGAUACUCAGCUGCAGGCCACCAUCCAGGACCCCGACUAACAGACCUUCCCAGCUGCAUUUGAGCUUAGAUUCUAAGAGCAAACUCUAUUCUACAUUCACGUCAGUGUCAGACCCACCUAAGAGAUACAAGCAUUCAGCAGAUACGGAUACAUAUGCGUCGAGAAUACAAAUAAGCGAGUAAGCAUUUGAUCAAAUCAGAUAUAACUACGAACCAUAUGCUAAACUCAAUUACAGACAUAAUACAUAGAGUAGACUAAGCCCAGAAAUCGAAUCAAACACUAACGGGAAUAGUUUAAUCAGUCACAUUCGUAAUUGUAAUUGUAAUUCUAUUUGUAAUUGUAACUGUAAAGCUAGCUUUAAACCGAUUUAAUACCAGGAGACGGAGGCCGAUCCGUUACUCACAGAAUACAUAGCCGAUGGAUAGCAGACACUGGAGAGGCGAUUGCAAUUUAGAUAAAUUGAAAUUAUUUUGUAACCGAAACUAUCGUAGCUAAGCAAAUGGAAACGGAAACUAUUGAAUUAAAUUUGAUAACUUGUAAAUUAUGGUAAGCCCUAAGCAGCGUUCAAUAUCGCAUGGUAAUGGUUAAACUCGAAAUACAGAAACGUAAACAGAAUCAAAUAUAAGCUAAUUACAAACAGACAAACGCACUUCCCCCGAACCCUCGCACAACCAAAGGAAGUCAAAGUCAAUGUCAAAGUCAGCCCGCUUAAUCCGCCAAUCUA